ACGGCGUAAUAUUAACAAUAUUUUUUAACUAACUUUGUAUAGUAUAAUGAGUUUUCUAGAUAAAGUUGUUCUUAUAACUGGUGGCAGUUCUGGCAUAGGAGCUGCAACAGCUGUAGCAUUUUCCAGAGAAGGUGCAAACGUAGUAAUAGUAGGAAGAAAUGAGAAGAAGCUAAAUGACGUCAUAGAAAAAUGCACAGUUGUAGGAAACAAGCCGUUGUCGAUCAAAGCUGACAUAACACACGAGGGAGAAGCAGAAAGAAUUGUUAAAGAAACAAUAGAAGCAUUCCAAAAAAUAGACGUACUUGUUAACAACGCGGGCCUGGUUAGAUUUGCCAAAGUUCUUGACAGUCACGUUUUAGAGACGUAUGAUCUUAUCAUGAAUACAAAUCUUCGUUCUCAAAUAAAAUUAACGCAUCUUGCGGCACCUUCCCUGAUCGAAUCUAAAGGGAAUAUCAUCAAUGUAUCCAGUAUAGCACCGAAAAUAAAACCAAGCAAUCCAGAAAUGAUUCUCUAUGGAUUAUCAAAAACAGCAUUUAGCUACUUCUCUCGCGCAGCUGCAGCGGAGUUUGCACCUCAUGGUGUAAGAGUUAACACCGUAAGUCCAGGACCUGUUGAAACUGAUAUAAUGUACAACGCUGGUGUCAAUAAGUCAGUUUCUGAUACCGAUCUCAAAUUGCCACUUGGGAGGAUAUCACAACCUGAGGAAAUUGCUGACAUCAUCCUUUACAUAGCAGGUGAUAAAGCAAUAGCUAUCACAGGAUCAGAUCAUACAAUUGACAAUGGAUUUUUAUUAAAAUUUUGAUAACAGCUUUCGGUGGAUGAUUUUGGAUAGUUAAUAUGAUUUUGUUAAGUAUCUCACAGGUUUAACGGUUAAUGAGUACAACAGUUUUUAAAUUAUUUAACUUUUAUUUCGAAUAAUACUUUUCAUAACCUUUGAAUCGAACGAUGUGUCUUAUCUCCAUAACUUGGUGAAUUUAAAAUUUGCUGAUCUGUAAUGAUAAUGGUACUGAAAAUGUAAAAAUUUGGUAUUCAAAUUUACCUAGUUUACUGUGAUUUCAACAAAUGAAAUAAUGCUAGUAAAAUAUGAUGUUUUGUAAUUACAAAAUAAGAUUAUUUUCUAGUUUCUUUAAUGUUUUCUACAGAACAGCACAUAGGCAAAAAUGGGCGGUUUUCACAGACAACAUAUUGAGGUGUUCUUUUGCAUAGUGGUAGUUCAAGGUUCAAAUAAAAACCAUCAAAUAUUCACGAGAACAAAGUCGGUGGCAACAAUUAGUGCAGGCAGAUAAUAUAUGUUCCAAAACAAACUGAUGUCAUUUAUUUAUUACGCAGUUCUUAUUUAAGAUUAUGAUAUCUG